UUAGAUCAGUCUGUGUUCGGCCAGUGGGACCUCAUGUUCGUUCGCAAAGUAACGCAGUUCCUUCGCGAUCGUUCUAAUGAAAACAUCUUUUUAAUAGUUACAUAUUAUCGAUCAUAAGUAAUAUCUUACGAUCAUUAUAAUUUGGCGGGUAACAAUUUUUCAAAAUGAGGUUCCUUUUUCCAUUGAUUCUCCUCGCAGGAUCAUUCGAUUUCAACGUUGAUGCUGAGAGUUUGGAGACUCUAAUGCAAUGGUCGUUCAUAGAUUUCGUAUUACCAUACGAUCCUGAUUUCCGUGGAAGAUAUCGUCCAGAAAACAUUGUACCUACAGGCAUCGAAGUCUCUUGGAAAAGAAUUUUCAUCAGCUUCCCACGACUACGUCAAGGUGUUCCAGCUACUCUUACUUAUAUUCCAAGAAACGUUCCAUUGGGUAGCAGUCCAAAACUUCAACCUUAUCCUUCGUGGGAAUGGCAUAGCGCUGGAAAAGGAGAAUUUAAUUGUUCUCAGCUGAUAUCCGUCUAUAGGACAAGACUCGACAGAUGUAACAGAUUAUGGGUCGCCGACAGUGGUGUCAUGACGUCGAUCGAUGAUUUUAGACCGGUUUGUCCACCGAAAUUACUUGUCUUUGAUCUUCACACGGAUACACUUGUCAGGCAAUACACUUUUCCCCGAGAGGUUUUAAGGACAAACACUUUACUGACUAAUCUUAUAAUUGACGAUAGUAGAUCAACUUCUUGUGAUGACGUAUUCGUCUAUAUAAGUGAUACGGCUGGACCAGGACUCCAAGUUUUUGAUGGUGCCAAUAAUACAAGUUGGAGAGUGCUUCAUGCUUCGAUGUUUCCUAAUCCAGAUUAUACUAUUUAUCAGAUCGGUGAUGAGACCUUUGAACUCCCAGACGGUAUCGUGGGAUUAGCUUUCUCUCCAAGACUCGGUAUGGUAUACUACCAACCUCUCGCCACCGAUCGUCUUUUCGGUGUACCAACGUCGGCACUUCAAGCCGGUCCACUUCCCUUUGGACAACAACUUCCAGUGACCUUAAUUGGCAGAAAAUCUAGUCAAGGUCUUCCAUUGGCAGUGAAUCCUCUCGACGACUCGAUUUUUUUCUCGCCCCUUACGGAAACAGCUAUUGCUAAUUGGCAACCUCAAACGAAUAAUCAAAGAAUCGUCGCGUACAACCCGGAAAAAUUGCAAUUCACCGCCGAACUGAGAUGGACCGAACGUGACCAUGGUCGAAUCUGGGUCUUGUCAACCAGAUUCCAUAAAUUUUUCAAUCGAAGAGCGAGUUCUCAAGAGAUCAAUAUUCGUAUCAUGAGAAUCGUCCCUGAAAACAAUCUAUCAAAAAAUAUACCGCUUUACCAAUAUAUCGAUCCACAUUUCUCGCAUAUUUUGUACAACAACACAGUCGGUUUUUAAGUGUACGGAAAUGAUUCAUUGAAGUUUCUAGAAAAAAUUGUUUAAAUAUUUUCCAAAAUCAUAACUUAAGUUAAAUGUUUCGCUUGAUAAAUUCUCUUUGAAUUAAAAUAGAUAAUUAAAAUAGAUUUUGUAAAUUUUAAUUCGCGGAGAUUACAUUGGAGAUCAGUAAGUAGAGUAAGAUGUAAUGUAAUGUACAUUUUUGUAUUCUUUUUAUUCUCUUUUUGUAUAAUUUCAUAUAAUUUAAAACAAUGUAUUAUUUAAGAAAAUUAAUCCGGGUUAAAGCUAUUUACUGAUGAUCGAUAGAGUAUUUAUCAUAGAUUUAGUUGAUAAUAAAACAAUUUAUUAUACAUUUGAUAUAAGACGUAUAUUAAAAGCUAUAAAGUGUUAAAUGAAGGUCGAGAGUUGGUAAGAAAAUGUUGAAGCGCCUAUAUGAUGGCAACCAGUCAUAUUGCUCUGUAUAUACGAUCAAUCAUUGUAUUAAAUACAUAUUUUUAACA